UACGACCUGUCAGCUUCCACCUUUUCUCCAGAUGGCAGAGUGUUUCAAGUGGAGUAUGCUAUGAAAGCAGUGGAGAAUAGCAGUACAGCAAUUGGGAUAAGAUGCAAAGAUGGAGUUGUCUUUGGAGUAGAAAAACUAGUUCUGUCCAAGCUCUACGAAGAAGGUUCCAAUAAACGUCUCUUCAAUGUCGAUCGACACGUCGGGAUGGCCGUGGCAGGGCUGCUGGCAGACGCUCGGUCCCUGGCAGACAUCGCUAGAGAAGAGGCUUCCAACUUUAGAUCUAACUAUGGCUACGAUAUUCCUCUCAAGCAUCUUGCAGACAGAGUGGCCAUGUACGUGCACGCGUACACGCUGUACAGCGCUGUCAGGCCCUUUGGGUGCAGUUUCAUGUUGGGGUCCUAUGACAGUGAUGAUGGUGCACAGCUGUACAUGAUUGAUCCAUCAGGAGUUUCAUACGGUUAUUGGGGCUGUGCCAUUGGUAAGGCCAGGCAGGCUGCAAAGACAGAGAUAGAAAAACUCCAGAUGAAGGAAAUGACCUGCCGUGAUGUCGUUAAAGAGGUUGCGAAAAUAAUCUACAUAGUUCAUGAUGAAGUAAAGGAUAAAGCUUUUGAGCUGGAACUCAGCUGGGUUGGAGAAAUAACCAAUGGAAAACAUGAAAUUGUUCCCAAAGACAUCAGGGAAGAAGCAGAAAAAUAUGCCAAGGAAUCUUUGAAAGAGGAAGAUGAAUCAGACGAUGACAAUAUGUAACACAUUGUUACUUCAAAACAAGUUCAACUUUUCUUACCUUAGACCAGGUGUGUUUAUAUGCAUUAAGCAUGGGACGCUGUCAUGUACUUGUUGGAAAAAACUGAGUGACCAACUUGCACUAAUAAAUUUUCCAUUUUACUGUC